AUGGCAAUAGGGCUGACUACUUUCCUCAGCACUACUUCGGUCCUCGGAUUCACCCUGAUUCCCCUCCUAGCAAUCGGCCUGACCGUAUUUCGAUACAACCAAGCGGAUCCAGAAUCUCAUCCGACUAAUGCACGCCAGCUGCUGCGAAUGUACGAUUACAUAGUGGUCGGAGGAGGCAGUGCAGGUGCGGUGAUCGCGUCGAGAUUAUCAGAGGUGUCGAAUUGGACCGUGUUACUUUUGGAAGCGGGCGGUAAUGAAAAUGAGAUCUCAGACGUGCCUUUACUGGCUGGCUACACCCAGCUAUCAGAGUUCGACUGGAAGUAUCAAACUUCACCGCCAUCUCUGUCGGCCUACUGUCUCGCUAUGAACGGCGACAGGUGUAACUGGCCACGUGGAAAGGUGCUCGGUGGCAGCAGUGUGCUGAACGCCAUGGUUUAUGUCCGGGGUAAUCGACGCGAUUACGACAACUGGGCAAGACUGGGCAACGAAGGCUGGAGCUACGACGAGGUCCUCCCUUAUUUCCUGAAAUCCGAGGACAACCGCAACCCUUACCUAGCAAGAACUCCUUAUCACAAUACAGGCGGUUACCUAACAGUUCAAGAGGCCCCAUGGAGAACACCGUUAUCGAUCGCGUUCCUGCAAGCCGGCCAGGAGUUAGGUUACGAGAAUCGGGACAUAAACGGCAAGGAGCAGACCGGUUUCAUGCUAACCCAAGGGACCAUUCGUCGAGGCAGUCGUUGCUCCACGGCGAAAGCAUUUCUGAGACCGGUAAAGAACCGGGAGAACCUUCACAUAGCGAUGAAUUCGCAGGCGCUCAAGGUUUUGUUCAACGACGACAAGCGAGCCACAGGCGUGAAGAUUCUGCGCGACGGUCGACAGCAAGUGAUAAGGGUCAGGCGAGAGAUCGUUCUAUCAGCUGGCUCGAUCAAUUCACCUCAACUGCUGAUGCUAUCGGGAAUAGGGCCUAAAGAACACCUGGCAGAGCUCGAUAUACCGGUGGUGUCAGACCUGAGAGUCGGAGACAACCUCCAAGACCACGUGGGACUUGGAGGACUCACUUUCAUAGUGAACGAGCCGAUCAGUCUGAAGAAAGACCGCUUCCAGACUAUGCCGGUGAUGAUCGAGUACGUGUUGAACGAAAGAGGACCCAUGACCACUCCUGGAGUAGAGGGUCUAGCUUUCGUGAACUCCAAAUACGCAGAUAUCUCGGGGAAGUAUCCCGAUAUUCAGUUCCAUUUCGCGCCCAGUUCGAUCAACUCCGACGCGGGUGAUCAGAUCAAGAAGAUUCUAGGUCUGAGGGACAGAGUGUACAAUACUAUGUACAAGCCGCUGAAUCAGGCUGAGACCUGGUCCAUUUUACCUCUUCUCUUGAGACCUAAGAGCUCCGGAUGGGUGCGUUUGAAGAGCAAGAAUCCAAUGAUUUAUCCGGAUAUCAAUCCGAAUUAUUUCACUCAUAAGGAGGAUAUGGACGUUCUGGUGGAAGGUAUAAGGAUAGCCAUGCAGUUGUCCAAUACUACAGCCUUUCAGAGGUUCGGUUCGAGGCCUCAUACUAUUCGUAUGCCUGGCUGUCACAGGUAUCCCUUCGAUACGUAUGAUUAUUGGGAGUGUGCGAUCAGGCAUUUCACUUUUACCAUUUAUCAUCCUACCGGGACGUGCAAGAUGGGACCGAAAAGGGAUCCUACAGCUGUGGUGGAUCCUAGACUGAGAGUUUACGGCGUGAAGGGACUCAGAGUGGCUGACGCGUCCAUCAUGCCUGUUAUCGUCAGUGGAAAUCCGAAUGCUCCUACGAUCAUGAUCGGUGAGAAGGCGAGUGAUCUUAUCAAGGAGGACUGGAUGUAUCACAAGAAUCGAUAUGUUGGCAGAUGA